GACCAGCGAGGAAGGAAGAUGAUUUGUUGGGAGGUCGCUGUUUUUGCUGCCACUUGGCUACACGUGGUGCUGUCUUUUGGAGAACGGUCCCCGACCGGCUACAAGGAGGAGAUUGUGUUUCCGGAAAAGAUGAACUCUAGCUUCCGCCAGGAGCAGCCGGACUGGCCCGGCGACGAGGGAUCCUCGGAGGGUCACCUCAGGUUCCGGUUCCGCGCUUUCGGGGAAGAGCUGGUCCUGGAUCUGGAGAAGGACCCGAGCUUUCUCUCCGAGGACCUGACGGUGCAGUACUUGGGCAGGAACGGGCAGUCGGAGGCCAACGGGCUCUCCGAAUCCGGCAGCUACUUUACGGGGGCGGUCAAUUCCCACCCGGAGUCCAUCGCGGCGGUGAACUACAACGGCGCCUCGCUGCUGGGGGUGCUCCAGUACCGGGGGUCCGAGUACCACAUCCAGCCGUUGGAAGGAGGAGGGCAGAACAGCGCCGAGGGCGCGGGGGCGCACGUCAUCAGGAGGAAAGUGCCGGAGAAGGGCAACGGGCCUAUGUGCAAUGUGGGACCUCAGGUUUCCAUGCUGGGGACGGGAGAUGCCGAUGGCAGCAAUGGUUACGGCACGCGCAAGAUGGCGGCAUCAUCGAAAAGAUCUAAGCGUUUUGCAUCAGUGCCCCGUUACGUGGAGACUUUGGUUGUUGCAGAUGAAACGAUGGCCACCUUCCACGGAGCAGGUCUCAAGAGGUAUCUGUUGACCGUCAUGGCAGCUGCUGCCAAAUUCUUUCGCCACCCAAGCCUGAAGAACCCGAUCAAUGUUGUGGUGACGCGGCUGGUAGUGAUUGGGCGGGCCGACAAGUCCAACACCUAUGGGGGGCUGAAGAUGACCACCAAUGCUGCUGAGAUGUUGAGGAACUUCUGUGAGUGGCAGAAAGGGCUGAACAAACCCAACGACUCUGAUUCGGAACAUUUCGACACGGCCAUACUCUUCACCCGGCAGAAUCUUUGUGGAGUAUCCACCUGCGACACACUUGGCAUGGCUGAUGUUGGUACAGUUUGUGAUCCAUCAAGGAGUUGUUCCAUAGUCGAGGACGACGGCUUGCAGUCCGCUUUUACCGCUGCUCACGAGCUAGGCCACGUUUUCAACAUGCUCCAUGACAACUCUAAACCUUGCAUUGAGAUUAACCGCCCGGCCAGCAAUACCCGUCACAUGAUGGCCCCUGUUAUGUCGUAUGUGGAUCCAGAAGAGUUGUGGUCACCAUGCAGUGCCAAAUUCAUCACUGACUUCUUGGACAACGACAAUGGUCACUGUCUUUUGGACAAGCCCUCAGCUCCCCUCCGCCUGCCAGUCCCAUUCCCCGGAAACGACUAUGAUUCUGACCGCCAGUGCCAGCUAACUUUUGGUCCCGAUUCUCGACACUGCCCAAACCUGCACACCCCCUGCUCCUCUCUUUGGUGUACGGGAAGGAUCGAUGGACACUUCAUGUGCCAAACUAAGCACUUCCCCUGGGCGGACGGAACGCAAUGUGGAGUCGGGAAGACUUGUAUGAAUGGCCGUUGCAUCAGCAAAGUGGAAAUGAAAGCCUACAAUACUCCGGUGAAUGGCGGUUGGGGUCCUUGGGGUCCAAAUGGGGAAUGCUCACGGACGUGCGGUGGUGGAGUUCACUUCUCCCAUCGUGAAUGCAACAAGCCAGUCCCAAGAAACGGUGGGAAGUAUUGUGAGGGGAAGAGGACUCAAUACCGCUCUUGCAACACGCAGGAGUGCCCAACCGGCAACGCGAUGACAUACAGAGAGCAGCAGUGUGCCGUCUAUAACCACCGGACAGACCUCUUCAAGGGUUUUCCAUCGCCCAUGGACUGGGUUCCCCGCUACAAUGGAAUCGCAGAGAAAGACCAGUGCAAGCUCACCUGCCAAUCACGUCCUUUGGGUUUACUAUUAUGUCCUGGAGCCACGGGUGGCAGAUGGUACUCCAUGCUCUAUGGACUCCUCUUCUGUAUGUGUACAGGGGCGCUGCGUCCACGCUGGCUGCGACCGAGUUAUCGGAUCCAAGAAGAAAUUCGAUAAGUGCAUGGUGUGCGGUGGGAACGGCUCUGCCUGUACCAAGACCUAUGGAUCGUUUACAAAACCACGGUACGGCUACAAUGACGUGGUCACCAUCCCAGCAGGGGCCACAAAUAUUUUGAUACGUCAGAACAGCGGGUCAUCCUCAACAAGCGAUGGAGUCUAUCUGGCCUUAAAAAGACAAGAUGGAACCUACGCCCUCAAUGGAAACUACAUCCUGGUGCCCUCAGAAGUGGACGUUAACAUUGGGGGAGGGUUGACUCUACGGUACAGCGGGGCAACCAAAGCCAUGGAAACCAUUGUUGGACGUGGACCCCUGAAAGAGUCCAUUACUAUCCAGGCUUUAGUUGUCAGUGACCAGAGAGCUCCACGUCUCAAAUACACUUUCUUUGUCCCCAAACCUACCACCAGGACCACACAAGCCAAGAAACCAACAGAAGACUGGAUGAAACGGCGGGCGCAGAUACUCGAAAUUUUGAGGAAGACCAGAAACAACCACAAAUGA